AUGAAGAUCACACUAGCAUUCCUUCUUCUGGGCACCUGUCUUGUUUUUAGCGAUGCAAGAUCCGUCCCGAAAAAACCUGUGCAUGAAAUUGAAUCAUUUUCUCAUGCACGUAUGUUGUCCGGACCAUUAACCAGGUGGCGUGAAUUGCAGGGAUGUGACCACAGGUGUACUCCCGUUGAAAGGAGCUGCAAGUUGAGAGCCAUAAUAGCAGAUUGCUUCCUCCUUUUGAAUGUUAUAUCAAAUGACCUUGGAGUUGGAGUAAAAAAACUUCUAUCCAUGAAAACUGAUCUAAAGAUCACUAUUUUGAUUGAUUAUUUGGGGACAAAUGACUACGAAUCAUAUGCUAAUCAUGUGGAAAAGACC